UAUCAACCCAGUCCAGAAAGAACCCAAGAACAAAUACAACCACUGUAGAACCCGUUGAAAAGCGAUCGCUGAACCGAACAACAUGGCCGAUAAGUACAAGCCUUCCGAACACGGCGGUCUCCGCGAAGACGGACAGCCUGACAAGCGCACGCAACAAACCGAGUUUGCGUAUGGCAAAGUUGACCCGACUGAGGCCGGCCAGGAAGGAGGCUCCGUAGGUGGCACGACUUCUCAGGGCAAGGGAAGCGGUGGCAGUGCCCAAGGAGAAUUUGCUCACGGGAAGGUUAACCCGCGUGAGGCGGGUAGCAAGGGGGGACAUACUCUAGGAGAUGAUUGAAAUCAUUCAUUGCACAUGUAUGAACAAAAAUUAUGAAUUAACUUGUACAAGACUCGGAAGGAGACAUCGCCUGGGCAUAUCCAUAACAAUAACGGGUUAUCUACGUAGAAAGAGC